AUGGCGGAUCCAAUCUCCAAGUCUCUGAUUGCUUUUCUGCUGAUAGCUUCUCUCUUGCUAUUCUCACACGCUUCCUCCGACGUUCCCUUCAUCGUCGCUCACAAGAAGGCUUCUCUCAACCGGCUCAAGACUGGCGCUGAAAGAGUCUCUGUCACCAUCGAUAUCUACAACCAAGGAACCUCGACGGCAUAUGAUGUGAGUCUCUCAGAUGAGAGUUGGCCAACAGACCUUUUCAGUAUAAUCAGUGGUACCACUUCAAAGACAUGGGAAAAGCUUGAUGCUGGUGGUGUCCUCUCUCACACAUUUGAGCUGGAGGCAAAAUCAAAGGGAGUAUUUUCUGGUGAACCAGCUGUCAUCAAGUUCCGUGUCCCCACAAACGCUGUUUUACAGGUGGCACUUUCAACUCCCAUAUUGCCGUUAGAUGUUCUUGCUGACAGGCCUCCGGAGAAGAAGUUUGAAUGGAGGUUGCUGGCUAAGUAUGGAUCUUUAAUCUCGGUGAUCAGCAUAAUUGUUAUGUUUGUGUACCUGGUAGCUACCCCAUCAAAAUCAGGCAAAGGAGGCAAGAAGAAGAGAAAUUAG